UUCUUCUGUCUAAAACCCUAAGUGAAAUUUAGGGCAAGGAGUUCCAGAGGCGGCGAGGAAGAUGAGUAAGGUGCACGGAUCUUUGGCCCGAGCGGGCAAGGUGCGCGGCCAGACGCCCAAGGUCCAGAAGCAGGACAAGAAGAAGAAGCCCAAGGGCCGGGCACACAAGAGGGAGCAAUACAACAGGCGAUUCGUCACCGCCGUGGUCGGAUUUGGCAAGAAGCGCGGCCCCAAUUCGUCUGAGAAGUAGAGGCGAUGUUCUUAGUUCUUUUUGAAGCAAACGAGGGAUUUUAAAUCAUCUUGGCCGUACACGUGGCAUCAUACCAGCCGAUAGACCUAAGUUUGAAAAAUAAGGAGACCUAAUUCUUCGCCGUA